AUGGCGAAUAAGCUGGACAAAUUCGGCAUAAAGUUCUGGCUUGCUUCAGAUGUCGAGACCAGAUACUUUUUGAAUGGCUUCCCAUACCUCUGCAAGGAUUCCACGAGACCAGCCAAUCAACGCCUGGGGGAUAGUGUGGUCAUGAAGCUGGUGGAGCCAUAUGUGGGAAAGGGAAGAAAUGUCACAACAGACACAUUUUUCACGUCCCUCAACCUGGCCAAAAAACUGCUGCAGAAAAACACCAGCUUGGUCGGUACCAUGAACAAGGCCAGAAGAGAUCUGCUGCCUUCAGUCCGGGUGCAGAGUGCAGAGAGGUUUGCCACAACGAUCCUCAAACAUGAGCAGGCAACCCUAACGGUUUACCAGGGGAAACCAAGGAAGAGUGUCACACUCCUGAGAACCAUGCAGCCAACUGUCUCCAUUGGGAGUGACAGAAAAAGAAAGCCUGAGACUUUCACUUGCUAUAAUGUCACAAAGGUCGAGGUUGAUGUGCUGGACCAGAUGGCUCGGCAGUACACCGUAAAAGUGAUUCAGGGGCAGCAUUUGUUGAGACUGAAAUGCUCCCCUCCUGAAGUCUGUGCUCUAAAAGGAUCCUCGGUGGAACUCAACUGCUCCUACACGGAUCCAUUCACAGGCACAAACACAUUUAAGAGAAUGUACUGGUUUACUGAAGAGCGGGAUGGAAAACCUGUAGAUCUCAGUACAGACCCACAGUACGAAGGUCGUGUGUCAUUCACUGGUGCUCCUGGGCACGUCACUUUGAGAAUCACAGACCUGAGAGAGAGCGACUCAGCUGUGUACAACAUCAUGGUGGAGGCAGAGGAGCCAGGUGGAAUUUUUACCAGAGAUACUGGAGUCUAUUUGUCUGUCAUAGAUCUGCAGGUUCAGAUGCACAGAGAUCAGUAUGGUCAUGGGCCGGUUCUGACGUAUCCAGAGCUGCAGGUUCAGGUGAGAGGACCUGAUCCUUAUGGCCGGGUGUAUCUGACGUGUCAAAGCAGUUGUCUCGUACCUCAACAUUCCUCCUACAUCUGGUACAAAACUGGAGAGGAAAUUCAGUCAGAAACGUCUUCUUCAUAUAAUUUGAAGGACUUUACUCGUGAAGACAGCUAUUCCUGUGCAUUAGAAAGACACAAGGAUUCCCCCUCUUUAUUUGUCUGUGUCUGGGGUUCAUCAUGCAACAGAGUGUCGCACACUGACAGAAAAAUCUGUGCUCCCAAAGGCUCAUCAGUGAAUAUCUCUUCUAACUACAACAGUUAUGAGAAUAUCACUUCCAAAUUCUGGUUCAGUCCUGCACUUAGUCUCCAUUGGAAAAAUCCCAUACUACCUGAGGACCUAAAUGAAGACUCCCAGUUUGCAGAUCGUGUUCAGGUCUUUGAAACAGAGAGAGGUCGCUCCACUUUAAGAAUCACUGAUCUGAGAGAGAGUGACUCAGCAGAAUACCGUUUCAAAUUCAAGACACAGAGUUUUGAAUGGACAAGCAGUCUACCUGCCACAACGCUGACUGUCACAGCUUUACAGGUGAGGGUGACAAGAAUAUUAGUCAACCAGUCUUCUACCUACGCAGACCUGGAGUGUCACGGCAGCUGCAUCCCAGCUCGUGGUUUUUCCUUCACCUGGUUCAGGAACGGAGAGACAAAUAGUUCCUGGCCAGAGACGACUUUCUAUAAAGGCUGGAUUUCUCUUGAAGAAGAAAUCUCCUGUGCUUUCAGAGGACAUGAACAGUUUCCCUCUCCACCAGUCUAUGCUCCAAAGGUUCCCUCAGUGCUGGUGACUUCCUCUGGUGAGAUUCUGGAGAAUAGUUCAGUGACUCUGACCUGUAGCAGUGAUGCUAACCCAGAGGCUAAAUACGCCUGGUACAAGAAAAAUGGAGAUCAAGACGUCCAGCCACUCAGUAACACGUCACAACUUGUCUUCAGCUCCUUCCAGUCCUCUGACUCUGGAGAGUAUUACUGUGUAGCUGAGAACGUCCUCGGGAAGAGAACAUCCAAGCUCCUCUUUGUUGAUAUGAAGUAUAAAUCAAUGAUGGUAAUAAAUGCCAUCAGGUUGGCUCUAAUGGCUGUGAUCCCGAUUCCGCUACUCCUUUUUAGUCUGUGGAUGAGUCAUUGCCGAAAAAAGGCGACUCUGAGCUCCACCCCUGAACCAAACGAACCUGAAGGAACUGCAGAGAUUGAGUCCGAUCCUGAUAACAUCAGCACCUCCGCCUUGAACAGCAUACCUGCAGUAAAGCCACAAGACAUCGAGGAGCAGGAAACUCCUGUGUGAAGAUGCAGUCGAACCGGAGUGAUGGCGUGUGGAAGAAAAACUGAAAAAUUCCAACAUUGCAGCGGUGGAGUGAAGAGCGAGUUUGAAGAGGCUGUAGGGGGGUGAAUGGGAGCAGAAUAUUUUCAUUGAAUACAAGCUUUGAUUUCACAUGUGCAGUUAUAACACAUAUAUGUAUUUUAUGAUGUGUAGGUAUGAUAUAUAUGUAGUUUAGGAUGUGCAGGUAUGAUAUAUAUCUAGUUUAGGAUGUGCAGGUUUAAGGUGCUGUGUCCACUAAUGCCUGUUUUCUAUUCAAACCAAAUUUAAAUCAGCGUACAAUUUCUAAAUCUAGAUCUGCUGCAAAUGCAAUGACAACACAAUGUCUGUCAAUAGUUUUCACAGUUUCUUGUGAAGACGCCAUUGAAUUAAAUUUAAUAUGAAGCUUAAAGAGGAUUUUAAAAACAGAACUAACGGUCUCUACUAGAGAAAGAAGAAGUGCCACCGGACAAUUUUCAUAACCUAACAACAGCAAAUGCUGGUGAGAAGCGUUCUGAAAUUGAGGUCGUUGGCGCAGCCUGCUCAAAGAAAAAACAUCUUAGUGGACACGGGUUUUAAAAUAUAUGUUUAGUUUAGGAUGUGCACAAGCUGAUCAUGACAGGGAUGGUUGUGUACCUUAUACAGUUAGCACUGUUGUUUAUGUUGUGUGCUUUAAUGUGAUGACAAAU